AUGUCUGACCAGAAAGAUCAACCCCCAAGCUCUCCAUCUCGUAAACUGAUCGGUGGUGAAUUUUCUUGUGAUCUUGCCGUUGCUGAAGAAUCAACUGAGCUACCGAUCAAGAAGAGAGAUUUUACAGAGCCUAUGACGAGUUAUAGAAUUGACGCUGAUAUCCUGCUCAGCCACAUGGACAAGAAAGAGAAACUCAACACACUCCAGGGAAAGGCUUACUUUUAUGUUCUCCAUGCCUUCAGUGCAGAAUCUCCUGAAAUGUCAAACCCUAGGACUAUGAUCAUGAGAGAACUGAUGAAAGAAUGGAAUAUUACGCUCGAAACUCUUACUAAGAUUGAGGAUGCAAUCAAAGCUGAUCCAGUGGUCCAACAAUUGAGGUACCUUAAUCAUGACUUUCACUACUGCAACGAUGUGAUCUCCUUUCCCUGUUUCUUGAAGUUUGUGUUGUACCCUCUUUUUCUCAGGAAUGUUUCAUUGGCGUCUGAUGAGAAGGAAAUGCAGAAACUUACUGCCACUAGUGAACUGAGUAUUACUGGCGUAGAAGGCCAACCUCUGAAAUUCCGUGUGAAACCGAACAGAGACGACUGGCCUAAAAUUGGAGACAGGGUUUUAGCUCCUGCAAAGAUACAAGAUGGAAAGGUUAUACCUCCUGCAGAGAUACAAGGCAAAGAGGCAAAACCGAGUUCUACUUCUGACGAUUCACCUGCCCCAAGCUGGGGCCAGGUUUCUCCUUGGUCUCUUGUUGGAAAAUGGGUCGGUAUAAAAAUGCCUUACGAAGACGAGCACAUUAGAUUCCUCAUCAAAGAGUAUGACGAGAAAACAGUAAGUCUCUUCAUGUUUACAUGCGUGUUCUUCGUCAGCUCAGGUCAGGUCUCAGCCCUUCUAAGAAAUAUAGUUUCCAAUCUACAGGAGACGCACCAGCUGGUGAGUGAUUUCAGCAAACAGGAUUUUGAGGACCCGUGCAAUUGGAUUGAUAUCAGACAUAUUCCGGCAGAGGAUAUGGAAUGGCAAAGCGGACAUCCCGGGUUACCAGUAUGGAAAUGCUUUCCUAAACCAGGCGAAACUCUCUUGCUCAAAACCAGUACAGCUCGAAACAAGAAGCAACUUCAGGAGGUUGGUAAAACGAGCACUGGGAUUCCAAUCAUCAGAAAAGUUGAUAAGGGAAAAUCUCCAGAGCAGUAG